AGGAAAAGGAUGCUAUAUUGAACCUAAAAAAAUGGAUGGAAAAGAAACUAAAGGAUAGUCUUGAUCAAGAUGAAAAAGAGCUCGAGAUGUUCGAAAUCCAGGAUUUAACUUUUAACUACGGAAAUAAAGACAAAAAUCCCAUGGAUAAGGUGUACUUUUUUCAUUGGACUAAAGGGGCUGUGAAAGUAAAAGAAAAUGAGGUUUCUUUGAUGAUGCCGUCAACCUUUGAGCAGAUUUAUUUACAAUUGCUCUGGAAGGGCUCAAGAGACGAACAUUCCGAGCUAAAAGAGAAAAUUCUCAAAACUUUUGAGCAUUUGAAAGAAUAUUCGGAGGAUAAUGCUGUUAUUAUUGAGCUGAUCGACACAAGAAAAUCUGGAAGACAUCAGAAAUGAAAUUAUUUCCACAAUAAACAUAGCGACCUUGCAUUUCGUAAAGUUUAAUUAAUCAAAGUCACUUUACCAUCAUAGAGUCAUCUGUUUAUUUAUAUUUAUUACAUGCAUGUUACAUAUGAAUUAUUAAAAGUGUAUGGGAUUUCGACACCUUUUACAGGAGAUUUUUGAGGAAAAAUUUGGAAAUAUUAGAAGCAAACAUAUAUGAAAUGUAGAUUAUUGGUUUGUUUAAUUUCGGAGCCUUCUCAUAUAACAUUUUGGACCAUUAUUGUGAUGUAGUUAUCCUAAUUUAUCAUGACUGUUAUUUUUCUUUUUACAUGUAGAACAGAUGACCACUUUUACAAAGUCUGUUGAAUAUCAAGUAUAUUUAUAGCAUAUUUUCAAAAUUAAUCACUGAAUUUUCUUUUGUGAGUGAGAAAGAGAAUUGAACAUUGAAUUGAGUUUUUUUUUAAGUUAACAA